AGGGUGAGUGCACGGGCUGGGGCGGGCGGCUCCCGAUGGCUGGCGUGGAGCUGUUCUCGCAUCCCGCGCUCUACACGCGCUACCGGGCCGGGCUCUGCUCCGCCGCGGCGCUGGCGCUGUUGGUCAUCACGGUGCUCACCUAUGUGCCGCCGCUGCUGGUGGCCUACCGCAGCCACGGUUUCUGGCUGAAGCAGAGCGCAUACCUGGAGCAGCCCACUGUGCGGUUCCGGUACGAGGUGCUCUUCGUGGCCACCAUCGGGCCCGGCCCGGACAGCUUCUUGGCGUGGAGCACGUUCCCGGCGUUCAACAGGCUCCAGGAGGACCGGCUGCGAGUCCCACUGCUGUCGACUAGAGAAGAAGACAAAAAUCAAGAUGGCAAAAUGGAUCAAUUGCAUUUUAAAUUGGAACUUCCGCUGCAACCUACAGAGCAUGUAGUUGGUGUUCAGCUGAUUCUACUCUUUUCCUACAAGCUUUAUAGAAUGUCAACACUUGUGAUGCAGAGCAUGGCUUUUCUUCAGUUUUUUUCUCCUGUGCCAGGGUCUCAGCUCUAUAUGAAUGGAGACCUAAAAUUGAACCAGAGGCAAUUACUUAACCAUUGUGGACUGGAUACCAGAUACAAUGUGUCUGUGGUCAAUGGCACAAGUCCUUUUGCAAGUGACUAUGAUCUAACAAACAUCAUUGCAGCAUAUUGGGAUAGAAAUGUGACAACAGUCUUUUCGGAUCCCAACCCUGUUUGGAUGACUGGAAGAGCAACAGAUACACCAUUUAUCAUUAAUGCUACUAUUCAUUACCCAGUGGAAGUUAUCUUAUAUCAGCCAGGAUUUUGGGAAAUUAUUAAAUUUGCCUGGAUCCACUUUUUUUAUUUCUUUUCCUCGGUGAGAAUGGCAAGGAUUCGGAUUCCUAGCACAAUCGUUAUACUUUUUGUUACAGUUCAGACUGGAUUCUUACUCUUCAUGUAUGCCCGGUACAGUAACUUCAUGCCUCAGUCUGAGGAGAAACCAUCUCAAGUCCACAUCCUCAUUCUCUCCUCCUGGCGGUCGGGAUCUUCUUUUGUCGGUCAACUUUUCAGCCAGCACCCCAGCGUCUUCUACCUGAUGGAGCCCGCGUGGCAUGUGUGGGUUACGAUGUACCAGAACAGUGCCAAGGUCUUGCACAUGGCAGUGCGGGACCUAGUCAGGUCGGUCUUUCUGUGUGACAUGUCUGUAUUUGAUGCUUACAUGCCUUGGAAAAGAAACUUAUCUGAUCUUUUCCAGUGGGCAGUGAGUCGGGCUCUGUGUUCAGCUCCUGCUUGUGACUCCUUUCAACGUACUGAUAUAACCAGUGAAAUGGCAUGCAAGACUCUUUGUGGACGGUACCCAUUCAGCAAGGUGGAGGAAGCCUGUAAGACUUACAGCCAUGUUGUCAUCAAGGAAGUUCGAUUCUUUGACUUGAAGGUCCUCUACCCCCUUCUCACUGAUCCGUCCCUGAAUCUCAAAAUUAUUCACUUGGUCCGUGACCCCAGGGCAGUCGUCAAGUCACGGGAACAAUCGGUCAAAGCAUUAGCCCGUGACAAUGGAAUUGUUUUGAGUACCAAUGGCACUAAAGUGGAAGACAGCAAAUACAAAGUAAUGCAAGAGAUUUGUAGAAGUCAUGUUCAGAUUUAUGAAACAGCUACUCUAAAACCACCUAAUUUCCUUAAAGAUCGCUAUUUAAUGAUCCGUUUUGAAGAUCUGGUCAGAGAUCCAUUAUCAGAAAUCUCAGAAAUGUAUAAAUUUGCAGAUCUUAGUUUGACCCCCAUGCUCAAAAGCUGGAUCUAUAAUAUCACACAUGGACAGGGACCAGGAAAAAAAAAAGAAGCCUUCAGAAUCACGUCUCGAGAUGCAGUUAGUGUUUCACAGGCCUGGAGAAAUGUUCUUUCCUUCCAGAAAAUUAAGAAAAUACAGGAAGUUUGCAAAGGUGCCAUAAAUAUGCUUGGCUAUCAGCUGGUGGAUUCAGAAAAAGAACAGAGAGAUCUGUCAUUGGAUUUAGUAUUGCCAAGACGACAAAAUCAAUUCAGUUGGUCAUCAUUUAAUCCAAAGCACUGAGACAUCAUUAUUGAGAGAUCCUGGGGGUGGGGGGGUUGUGUAGAUGGCUGAGUAUUUGUCUACUGUGCAGCAUAUAGGUAAUUUGAAAAUCCUUGGCUGGUAAGUUUAAUUAUCUUCCUGUCUGCUGUUUUUCUGUAAUGGAAGGAGGUUUUUUUCUGAGUUUCUUACACCGCAAAAACAAAAAAAACCCAUUGGAAAUGCCGUGAGAUACUUGUCAGAUUGCAAAUUUACAGCUGAGCUGCGCUGUUCUCAGCAUUGUUUUAAAAAUAUAAUUUAAGUACUUUCUAUUAAAAGAUGAAUUGUCAAAAA